AAACCAAGCCAGCGCUCAGGACCGCCGUGGAAGGGAGCGUGCUGUUUUCCACAAACGCUGCAUCCACAGACAAACAGAGGGACUCAUAAAGGGAAGUGCAUGCAUGCAUUAAUGUGUGUGCAGAUAUUUGGAGCUGGUGGAGAUUUUCGAGGAAAUUAAAAGUGGACCGCUGCUGAUGGAGCUGCUGGCACAUUGAGGCUGGGCUGUGACUGUUUGCAUUGUUGCAUAUGUUUCCUCAAAUGGAAUAAUUGUCCUCAUGCAUAAAAGGAAUAACUGAUAAACUCACAUUUUCGUUCUCAAUGGUGCUUGAAGGCAGAGAGAUGGACGGGAUCGGUAACACCAUGCAGAAGAAGGCUGCAGAGCUGGAGCGGCUGGCCGAGGUGCUCGUCACCGGAGAACAGCUGAGGCUGCGGCUCCACGAGGGGAAGGUGAUCAAAGAUCGGCGGCACCAUCUGCGAACUUACCCAAACUGCUUUGUGGCCAAGGAGCUCAUUGAUUGGCUGAUCGAACACAAGGAGGCCUCAGAUCGGGACACGGCUAUCAAGAUCAUGCAAAAACUUUUAGACCAGAGCAUUGUUCACCAUGUGUGUGACGAGCACCGGGAGUUCAAAGACUUGAAGUUGUUUUACCGCUUCCGUAAGGACGACGGUACGUUCCCGUUGGACAGUGAGGCCAAGGUCUUCAUGAGGGGCCAGAGGAUAUAUGAGAAGCUGAUGAACACAGAGAACAACCUCUUACAGACCAGGGAGGAGGAGGGUGGGACAUUCGAGCGGACGCUGGUGGCCUCCGAGUUCAUUGACUGGCUGCUACAGGAGGGGGAGAUGGCAACAAGGGAGGAGACGGAGCAGCUGGGACGGAGGCUUCUUGAACAUGGCAUCAUUCAGCACGUCGCCAACAAGCAUCACUUUGUCGACGGGCCCCUCCUCUAUCAGUUCAGGAUGAACUUCCGGCGACGGCGGCGACUGAUCGAACUUCUUCACGAGCGAGGCCGCAGCAUCCCUGAGAGCCAUGACAGCCCCUUCUGUCUCCGCAAGCAGAACUCGGAUGGAGGCAACACCAGCUUCCUGUCAGUGAGUCCCACUAAAGAGAUAAAGGUGGCGGUCGGAGUUCGUCGGAGCAGCAUGAGCAGCAGCUGUGGCAGCAGCGGUUAUUACAGCAGCAGUCCUACGCUCAGCAGCAGCCCACCUGUCCUCUGCAACCCCAAAUCUGUUCUGAAGAGACAAGUGAGUCCAGAGGAGCUGCAGACACCAGGAGGACCUUUUAUAAAGAAGACAUUCACCAUCAUGGGCGAUGCUGUGGGCUGGGGCUUCGUGGUGCGAGGCAGCAAACCCUGUCACAUCCAGGCUGUGGACCCCGGUGGACCUGCAGCUGCUGCUGGAAUGAAGGUGUGUCAGUUUGUGGUGUCGGUGAACGGACUGAACGUCCUCUCUCAUGACUACCGGACCGUCAGCAACCUCAUCUUAACUGGACCCAGGACAAUCGUCAUGGAAGUGAUGGAGGAGGUAUAAGUUUGAGACCAGCUACAAGAGAAGGCCUCGUAGAAGAGCAGUAUAAUAAUUAUGUUGGGGACGAGAGGGUUUAAUACGUGACCUCAAAACCACACGGAGAACGUAGACAACUUGAUACGCAACUCGCACUCUCGCUGUUCCAACGUUGUUUGAACGAGGUGGAUGACUGAGAAACUGUAUGUGUUCAGGAAUAUGGGUAAUUGAGUCAAGUAAAUGAUUCAACCUGUGGCUAAAACACACAGGUUGUUCUAGUUUUUCUUUGAAUUUCGAGGCACAUGCACUACAGAGGGAAAGUGCAGGAGCCACCACUUCUAUAGAUGGUGAUCCAGCUGUGCCUCAUUGUGACUGUCAGUAUUACGACUUUAUGUGUGGAGUAAGAAAACCCAAAUUCCCUGUUUUUUGUUUGAGUUUUCAACCUGAACUGCUUCAUGAAUCUGUUGCUGAACAUGUCAAAGGAUGUGAGACACAAUUUUUAUCAUUAGAACGUGGAGAUGAGGAAGUACAAGCUGAAACUGUAAGAGAAAAGAACAUUGACCUCUCCCCCAGUUAGUUUCCAACCAGGGACUGAAGCUCCUGACGGCUCAACACUGCCCUCUGCUGGGAAGGACAGGCAGACACGGAGAGGGAGCGCAUUUAUACUACUACAAACAGUAAAUCACAAGUCUUUGGUUUCAGAGUGUUUAAAUGUUUCUUUCCUUGCUUGGGAAACACCAUGUUAAAUAGAAAAAAAUACAAAUUUCUACCCUUGUCAUGUGAAAAACCCUGCACUGGCAAAUUCACAACUGUGAAUGCCCAGGUAGAUUUAUACAUAGCUGCUAGAAACGUGUAAGUGUACAUAUAAAGGUGCAGUAAUAAACUGCAUAUGACAUUAACAGGCACAACGUAUAUAUAGAAAAGUUACAAAAACUUUAUGCACAAACAAACGAAGAGGCCCUGCUUUAGAAAAAAUUGUGUUUACAGGAUGAAGCCUCAUUAAAGGUAGAGUAAGCAAUGCUGGAGAAAGACUUGAUAUCUGAGCUCAACGGCAAAACAAAUACACCCCUCCCUUCAGUGUCCCUGCAGAAGCUCUGCCCCCUGUGGAAGUGGAUACUCUGUCUCAUAGCUGAAGCAAAACAAACCUUGUAAUAUAAGACGUCGUCAAACGAACGACACGCACACAAACGACACGCACACAAACACUUCCAAACAUCCAAGCAUCUAAAACACAAACUAGUGAGAGAUAGUUGUUUAGUUUGUUUUAGAGAGGACUAUGUAGGAUUGUAGCUAAGCUAACAAGGAAGGUAAUGUUACCUGGCAUAGCAUUUCAAAUUAUGCAUCAAUCCAGAUAAAUCCAAUCCGCUAGCAAACCUGUAUUUUUAGAUCCUUGUGGUUAUAAAACCUUUUGCACGUUGUAUGGACCAGUAUCAUGAUACAGAGUAAACAACGAGACGGCAAACUGCUGCAAAGCUAACAUGCAGAGAAGACGACGCAGUUUCCCAUAGCCUGCAAACCAGCUCCAGACAGCGAUACUCACUACUCUCCUGCUGCUGUACUGACAGUGCGAUCAUGUUGUGGAGUGUAUGCCAGCGUCACAACGCUUCCCGUGAACAUUUCUUCCAUGCACGCACCUUCACCGCCGGUCUCUCAUCUGCAGUCCCAAUCAAUCCCAUUCAAAAACUCUGAACAGACAGGUGGCAAAAGAAGGGUAGACUGCUCCUGCGCCUUUCCCUGGUAAUCCUUAAAUUGACACUAUCCACUAACAUGUGCCAGAUUAACUAAGUAUUGGUUUAGAAUUGCUUACUCCACCUUUAAUCUGCAAACUAAAACUGCUACAGCACUGAGAACAGCUCGGUGACUGUAUUUAUAAAAAAAAAAAAAAAAAAAAAAAAAAAUUCCCUUGAUCUCUUUAGUAUCUUUUAGUUUUUAGUUUUUUUAAGAUGAUGCCUGAUAUGAUACAGACCCUAUACUUCCAUAAUGAUACAAGAAGUCAUUAUUUGUCAUCAUUUGUAAGAGCUUGUUUAAGAGAAAAAGAGAGAGUAAAUAUUGUAUGUUAUAUUUACUAUUGAGUUCAGUUCUGAAACACCUUUAGAAAAUAUUUCUAAGAAGUGUAACAUUUAUUGACCUAAAAUUAAAACAGUAGGUAUGUUUUAUACCAGUGUCAAUGCCAAAUAAGUCCUAAACUAUAAUUAGAGCCAUGUUAUGCAAACAAGCUUUAUUGAGUAGUCAACAGUAGUAAAAAGUAGAAUAUUAAAGAGUAGAAUGACAAUAUGAGCACUUGAACUAUUAAACAGUUGUUUUAAUUGACAAAAGCACUUAGGUGACAAAAGUUUUCUUUUUUGGAAUAACAUUGGGAUUUUGAAUUGAAUGUAAAUGUAUCUUGUGAGUAUACAAUCUGACAUCCCCAAUUUGAAACUAAUAAGAAAUAAUAAUCUCCUGCUGGCCCCUGAAGGCAGUGCAGUAAAAUCUAUACAUGGUAUCAUGUAUUUAUUUGAAUCAACCGCACAUUCCAAAUAUUGGAUAAUUUAAUAUGGAAGAGUCAUUUCCCUCAAAUCACCAAAACCCACAUCUGCUCACUCAUUCCUAGUGAAGAAGUCUGUCAUGCAGAUAGAUUGGAAAAAAGCUUAAUUUGUGUUGAUCAUUAACAACAACUUCCAUUUCCAAUAUAGGGGCACUUUGUAAGUAAUUUUCAUUGCAGCUACUUUCUACUGAGGAAAAAUCAAUACCUCCUCACAAACCAGUUGACAGCGUAAUCCAUAAAUUAUCAGAUUCCAGAAAGAUCUUGUUUUUCAACUCUGAAGACCACAAACUAAAUUUAAUUAAUCUCCAAUGUACUGAAAAAAACCUGAAACUAUGAUUGGCUAGAUACAACUACAGGGAAAUGAGGAACAUUUAAAGGUUUUAUUUUUUGGAAUUUGGAUAAAAUGAAACUUAGAAGAAAAAUCUAGAUCUAAUCUAGUCUAGAUCUGAAAAUUUGCUGGAUUAAAAGCAAGCUUGAGGUUUAUAUAAUUGGAUUUGUACAUCAUUAGCCUCCAAAAUAACAUCUGAAUUAAAUGUAUGUUUAUAGACAGUGCCAUCAUGUGCUCAGGCAUACUAGCAUGAAAAGAUCCAACUAUAAUUAUUUAAAAGAGAGCAUGGAUAAAUGAUGCUCAUAGUGCUCAUACAGUAUGUGUCUGUCUGUUUUAGACAAAACAACACUGCCUUGUUGUACUAAGUUUAGUCCUGAAGUGAAAUUAUUACUAAACAAAAAAAUUUAGCACAAGUGCUGCAAAGUGGUGGGAAGUUUUUAUUACCAAGAGGUUGAAUUUAAUCUGUCUCAUCAAACUGCCUCCAUACAUGUCCUAUAGUGAGUUCUUCAGUGGACAUGUCAUUGGUGUUUCUCAGUGUGCUUUGGUGUUGUAAGCAGUGAAAUGCAUGAUUCCUGCAAAUCUGUGCUUAUGUAGCAUUAGCUCUUAAUCCAAAGCACUUCUUGAGUCUAUUGACUCAUAGGAAUGUAUUAUCUGACAAACCGUUUCAGAAGUAAAGUCGAUUUGGGCCUUAACCAGUCUUUGUUUCUACAUGCUUUCUGCACCAACAUUGGUAUAAAACUGUUACAGAAUAUUUUAGAGCUUCUCAGACAUCGGUGAUAAUCUCUGGUUGACUCUGAUAAACAUUCAUGACAUUUUGUCUUAUUUGCUGAUCUCAAAACUCUCAUGUUGUUGAAUGAUGCCACAUAAUAUAUCGUUUGUAUUACUGAUUGUGUAAUAUUGAUCAAUAUUUUGUUGGUAGGGUUUUAUAUACUUUAUAUAAGGGACCCUAAAUACAAAAACUACUUUUUAAGGCUAUUUUGGCCUUUACUGUGACAGCAACUGUGAGAGAGAACAGGAACAGGAAGGUUGGGGGAGAGAAUGAGGGGAUGCCAUGCAGCAAAGGGCCUGGGCUGGAUUCAAACCCUGGCCGCUGCGGUCGAGCGCUAUCGAGUGAGUUACUGGGGUGUCCCAUAGCUUUCAAUAUUCUUUCAGCUGGUAACAUGGCAAAAAUCACUGCAGACAUUAGCAAUUCUGGAAUCAAGAUUUUUCAUUAGCCUCCUGUAGAGAUGCCAUUAGACUUUAAGAGUUAAUGUCUACACUCAGCGUGGGUUCAAAUUUUCUGUUUUUCUUUAAUUAAAAACUCGCCUACCUGAACUUUUCAACUUGGUAUUUGUUCUUUUUACUGUGUUUGUAAAAUGAUCUGGUUAAAGGGUUGUGAUUCUGAUAAAGGACAUGGAAAAUGUUACGUGUUUGUCUGAAGGCAGUUUGUAAAGUGGACAGGGAUCGAUUAUGGUCUCAGAAGGGUUUCGUGAAACAGAAAUAUGCAGAAGGGAGGCAGAUGUGACAAAUGUUCCACUUCACAUGGUCUAGAAAUGUGUCGUGUAUUUUUGUAAAGUGUUGAAGGAGUUCUGUGUGGUCAUAGUUCACUGACUGCUCAACAAUAAGCCUGAAAGCAUUUGCCUUGAGAUUUUAUUUUGCUGCCCAUCACAGCUGGUGGUCAUCAAGUCUCUUCUUCUGUUCUAUUGACAAUCGGUGUACAACUUUGGUUUCAAAAGCAAGGCUCUGAAAGAAUGUAUUUCACCACCAUAGUCCACAUUGUGCUGUUGUCGGUUUUAUACUUAAGCUUAAAUGACUCAUUCAAUUAAAGGGAUUCUUUGCUUCACGUUCACCUCAUGAGGCCGGAGUGAGGGCCCAAACAUUUUCAGCAGGUACAGAUGUGUGUUCACUUCUUUCUUCUCCGCUAUCAGAGAUUGAAUGUUGGGUUUGAAGACAAUAUAAGCUCACAGUACCACAGUCUGUUUUUGACAACGCAAAUGAAGCUCAUUCAGAUGUUUUAAUGUAUUAAACAGUUAAACAAGUGUUUAAUAAACAAACUGAUCUGA